AUGACGGCCAUUUCUCUCGACGUGCCGCGGCCUGCCCAGCAUGGCCGAGGGCAGAACUCAGCUCAAUUCUCACGAACCGCCACGCUUGCCGUUUCUGCUGCGUCCUCUCCUGCCCGCCACCCCGGGUCUUUCUCUCGACAGACUACUCAUGCCAUGUCGCACCUACAAGCUCAGUACGCCGAAGCCUCCGCGUCGGCUAUGGCGCCGCAACCAAACGGCAUCGCGCGCGCCGUUUCACCUGGCAAUGCGCCCGUGCGCCCAGGGCAUCCGCUUGCCAACGGAAGGCGAAACACAUCGCCGAUUCCCUCCUCUUCGAGACGACCAUCGAGCGCGCCUGGAGACAAUCAACCGGUCGCGUCGAGUAGCCGCGUGGAUGGCGGACAUGUCGAAGAGAGCAGCCGUUCCGCGGUGACAAGACCGGCCAAACCCCCUCUGCUUCGAUCCAAGAGCGAGCACCACCCGCGAUACGAAGAAGCAGACGACGAUGUUGAGGAGGAAUACCACGAUCUGGGCGCGAGGCAUGGUUUUGAGGAUCAUUACCUAUCCGAGGAUGUCAUUGCGCACCUCGCGAAUAAUUGGUACAUGUAUUUUACCGACAAGCGCCAUGAAACGACGGGCAAGCCCAAGACACCGGCCUUUGAACUCCAGGACUGGCGGAUGCGUGACCGACUCAAGACCGUGUCAGCCGCCAUCGCUGUGUGUUUGAAUAUCGGCGUGGAGCCACCGGAUCAGCUGCGGACUGCACCGGGGGCCAAACUCGAGGCCUGGCAAGAUCCGACUGUCCCACCAGUGAGCAAGGCCCUCGAGAACAUCGGCAAAUCGCUACAAGCGCAAUACGAAACACUGGCCCUCCGAACCCGUUAUAAGCAGUAUCUUGAUCCGUCUAUUGAAGAGACCAAGAAAUUCUGUAUCUCCCUGCGCCGAAAUGCGAAAGAUGAACGGGUCUUAUUCCACUACAACGGCCACGGGGUACCCAAACCCACUGCUUCUGGCGAGAUCUGGGUUUUCAACAAGAAUUACACGCAGUACAUUCCAGUAUCGUUGUAUGACCUUCAGCAAUGGCUUCAGGCGCCCACAAUUUUUGUAUGGGACUGCUCCGAGGCAACGAACAUCCUCAAGAAUUAUCACAAAUUCGUCGACAAGCACGAGGAAGAGGAUGAGGAACAUGCGCUCAAAGACCUAAACCACGAAAAGACCAACUACCGCCCCUACAUCCAUUUGGCGGCUUGCGACUCCAAGGAGAACCUCCCAACCAACCCCCUUCUUCCCGCUGAUCUCUUUACUUGCUGCCUAACGACACCGAUCGAGAUGGCUCUCUGGUUCUUUGUUUUACAGAACCCACUUGACACUAACCUUUCGCCCGAGAGAGCACGGAAGCUUCCUGGGAGACUCCAAGAACGGCGGACACCCUUGGGGGAGUUGAACUGGAUCUUCACCGCCAUCACGGAUACUAUCGCCUGGACAACCCUCCCCCCGCCCUCUGUUUCGCAAGUUCUUCCGCCAGGACCUGAUGGACGAGAGGCCGAUGGCGUCCCGUACGAAUACGUCAACUCCACCUUCUUUACAGAGCAACUCACGGCCUUCGAGAUCUACCUGACGAGGGGUGAUGCGGUCUCGCAGAAGCCUCCGGAGCAGCUACCCGUAGUACUCCAAGUUCUCCUGAGCCAACAACACCGGCUCCGAGCCCUGAUCCUUCUGGGGAGAUUCCUUGACCUUGGACCCUGGGCCGUGCAGCUGGCCCUGAGUAUCGGCAUCUUCCCGUAUGUGCUCAAGUUGCUGCAGUCGGCUGCCCAAGAACUCAAGCCUGUCAUGGUCUUCAUCUGGACUCGUGUUUUGGCUGUGGACAUCUCAUGCCAACAAGACCUGAUCAAGGACAAUGGCUACACUUACUUUGCAGCUAUAAUGAAGCCGCAAGAGACAUUUCCUGUCGUCGGUGUCGUGGUUCUGGACGAGCACAAGGCCAUGUGCGCGUUCAUUUUGGCCAUGUUGUGCAAGGGCUUUAAGCCCGGCCAGAUCGUUUGCAACUCGACUGAUAUUAUGACAUACUGCCUACAUCAUAUCGAGCACCCCGAGAAUCCUCUCCUGCGUCAAUGGUCGUGCCUCUGCAUCAGCCAGUUGUGGAGGGAUCUCCCAGAUGCGAAAUGGAGGGGCAUUCGAGAAAAUGCCCAUUUAAAACUGUCGUACCUAAUCAAGGACCACUGUCCCGAGGUUCGCGCUGCCAUGGCGCACGCCAUGACCACCUUCCUCGGCAUCCCCGAUAUCACCGAUGAAGUGGCAAGGAUCGAGGAGGGCAUCGCCUGGGCCAUGCUGGAGCUGGCGACCGACGGCAGUCCUAUCGUCCGGAAAGAGCUGCUCGUCUUCUUCUCCCACUUUGUUCUUCGUUACGAGAGCAAAUUCUUGGUCGCCGCCUACGAACAGCUUCUCGAGGAGAAGGAGUACCAGUUGUUCGCUCCGCCAGAAGAUGGUCUCGAUCAUAAGAUGGGCCUGCAUUUUGCGCGACGCGAGAACCGUGAGAGAGACGGGACCAUUACACCUACUGCGUUUGGUGUGGCCCACGAUUCGGUUUUUGCAGCGUGCUGGAAGCACAUCAACAUCUUGAGCGUUGAUCCUCACCCCGAAGUCCAGAGAGAUGCCACUAAUAUCCUGGAUUACGUUCACCACGCGCUGCUGCACUCUCCUGUGGGUGCCCAAGCACAAACUCUCAUGGACGAGAUCCUCCGGCGCGCUAGAAAAGUGUCGAGAGGUGACAUGAGCCAGAGAAUCAGUGUAGCCGGCACCCGCACUGCGGCAGCUCAGCCGAUGCCAUCUCCCGGCCUUCUUAAGCGGACAGCGAGCUACUUGUUUGGGCCGCUCAUGGGGACGCUCGAUGCCGCCGCUAAUGCUCCGACUCCUCCAGCAACACCUGCCUUGCAGAGGACGUUCUCCCAACGAAGUCGUAAGGGGCCAAGCCACGAAAACGCCCCCCCUGAGCAGCACGACCAGGUUGCGCCCCCUUCAAACUAUCAUAUUGCCAAUGAACCGCUCUGUGCCGGUUACACUGAGCGCAAGCUCAGAGAGGCCCCUACCCUCCCUUUGGCCAGCACCUUCUUGGACUGGUCAACAGAAUACUUCCGCGAGCCUCAAAUGAAGGCGCCCGAAGCCGAGGAGCCCGGAAGCAACGAGUAUAACGAGCGGUUAUGGCGUAGAGCACGAAACGAGGCCGUUCUUAGAGAGACGCAGCCACAAAAGACUCACGCCAGGACGCAUAAGUGGAACGGCCAAGCGGGUGUCAUUCUCACCGGCUCACAGCCGUCCAAGAUGACUUUCCAUCAGUUUGAGAACCACAUCGCCGUCGCGGACGACGGCAACACAGUCACGAUCUGGGACUGGAAGACCAAUUCGCGCAAGAGCCGCUUCUCCAAUGGAAAUCCCGAAGGGUCCAAGAUCUCGGACAUGCGGUUCAUCAAUGAGGAUGACCAGGCCCUCCUUAUGACUGGCUCUUCGGAUGGCGUGAUUCGCAUUUACCACAACUAUGACAGCGACGCAGACGUCGAACUUGCGUCCUCGUGGCGCGCGCUUACCCACAUGGUCCCUUCCAACGUCAACUCCGGGAUGGUCUUCGACUGGCAACAGGUCAACGGUCAAGUGCUGGUGGCCGGCGAUGAGCGGGUCAUCCGGAUAUGGAACGCGGGCCAUGAGAUGUGCACGCACGAGAUCCCAGCGCGCUCCGGUUCAUGCGUAACGGCGUUGGCCUCCGACCAGAUGACGGGCAACAUCUUUGUCGCCGGUUUUGGCGACGGCGCCAUCCGCGUCUUUGACGCGCGCAUGAAGCCGCAGGAGACCAUGGUCCGCAAGUGGAAGGACGAGAGCAGGCAGUGGGUGCGCUCCGUGCACAUGCAGCGCGGCGGCCAGCGCGAGCUGUUGUCUGCUAGUCGCAACGGCAAGGUUCACCUAUGGGAUAUCCGCAUGGAGCAGCCGCUCAAUAUGUUUCAGACGACCAAGGAUGUGUUACGGACUGCGAGCACCCACGAGCAUUUGCCCGUGUUUGCUGUUGGCACCUCGGCGCAUCUGGUCAAGAUCUUUGACUUUGAUGGACACGAAAUCACCCGCGUUGAGCCUUACUCUGGCUUCCUGGGCCACAAGGCCGCUCCGCUCACCUCCACCGCGUUCCACCCACACCGAAUGCUCCUGGGUUGUGCUGCCCGUGGCGACAACCAUGUCAGUCUCUACGCGUGUAGCAACGAGCGGGUUGGCCCGUUCUGA